UACGCGGCCGAGUUUCCCAUCUUCCCGCAGCUGGGCGCCCAGUAUGAGCUGAAGGACAGUCCCGGCGUCCAAGCCGCGGCCUUCCCAGCCCCUCACCCGGCUUUCUACCCUUACGGCCAGUACCAGUUCGGCGACCCUUCCAGGCCCAAGAACGCCACCCGCGAGAGCACCAGCACGCUGAAGGCCUGGCUGAACGAGCACCGCAAGAACCCCUACCCGACCAAGGGCGAGAAGAUCAUGCUGGCCAUCAUCACCAAGAUGACCCUCACUCAGGUCUCCACCUGGUUCGCCAACGCCCGGCGCCGCCUCAAGAAGGAGAACAAGAUGACCUGGGCGCCCCGCAGCCGGAGCGAGGACGAGGAAGGCACCACCUACGGCAGCGAGGACGGCGAGGGGGAGAAGCGAGACCCCGACGACGAGGAGAUCGACCUGGAGAACAGCGACAGCGAGCCGUUGGAGAGCAGCAACGGGCCGGCGGCGCCGGCGCCGGCGACCGGAGCCGGGGUCCAAGCCGGGCAGCUCUUCCUGCGUGUCGGGGAGGAAGAGGAAGAGGACAGGGCCGGCGGCGCGGAUCAGGGGGGCGCGCACCCGACGGCGCUGCGCCUGCCUUCCCCGAGGGAGCCCCGCGGGGGCAGCGACACGUCGGACGAGGAGGAGGAAGAGGAGGAGGGGGAGGAGAGCUCCGACGGCUUCGAGGAGCUGGCCGGCGCUCAGGAGCGCUUCCUGAAGGCGGUGGAAGCGCGGCGGCGCGCCUCGACGGGACCCCCGGCCUCCCCACCGCCUCCUCCGCCUCCUCUCCGCAGCCCCAGCCCGCUCCCUCAGCCCGUCCAGCCGGCCAAACCCAAGAUCUGGUCUUUGGCAGAGACGGCUACGAGCCCGGAUAACCCCUCGCGCAAAACGCCCCCUGGCGGCGGAGGGGGAGGAGGGGGCUCACCCCCGACCGCCCCCCAAUGCCUUCCCCAAUCCGCCCGGGGCGCCGCCGCGCACAGACUCCUCUCCUCCGCCUGCCCGCUGGGCAAGUUCGCCGGCUGGUCGGGCCGGCCCUUCUCGGCCGCCUCCUCCCACCCGCUGACCUUACUGAACGCUCCCCAUCUCUUGGGACUGGCGGGGGGCAACUCCAACACGGCGCCCGCGGCGGCGGCGGCGGCGGCUGCAGCGGCGGCGGCAGCUUUGGCGGCUUUUUCCAGACCGGCGGAUCAGGCGCAGAGCGCGGAAGCCUCCGGAACAGAUCGAUCUAGUGCCUUGGAUGUAGAGAAAAAGUUAAUAAAGACAGCUUUCCAGACAGUUCAGAGGCGGUAAGAGUUUAUCUA